GCGACAGCUGUUGCUGAAGCGCUACUUUUAUUUCUGUUUUGAUUACUUUUAUGUAAUGGUGAAAGUAUGGUGAAAGUGGAGGUGGAAUACUGCGGCAUCUGCAACUUCAGCGGACAGUGCCACCUGCUGCGCGACUUCCUGCUGGCCUCGUCGCCCGACUUGGACGUAUCCUGCCGCCAAGGACGCCGCGGAUCCUUCGAGGUGGCCAUCGACGGCCAGCUGGUGCACUCGAAGCUCUCCUGCCUGGCCUUUCCCCAGCACGCCAGUGUCCUGGCCCAGGUCCACAGGGCGGAGCGCGGAGAGCCCGUCGAGAAGGUCCUGGAGCAGCCCAUCAAGGACUGCAGUGUGAUGUGA